GGCGCCAUCUGCUAGGCGGGAAGCUGUGGCUAGAGGUAAACACUAACACAGAUCAUGGAUGUAGCCGAGUGUCUGGCACACCUCAAUGUUUCAGACCAGCUUUUUAAGGAUGUAAAGUUCUACGUAACCGGAAAGGUGCCUGAGGAGGUGGUGAGGCUUCUCACAGAUGGAGGAGCAAAAGAAGAUGCUCACAUCACAGAUUACAUGACCCACCUUAUUGCAGGAGAUGAUCCAAAUGAAAAUGAAAUUGGAGAAGUGAGAGACAUAUAUGAGAAACCAGUUGUAUCUUCAAGAUGGGUUGUGCUAUCAGCCAAGUGUGGUAAACAGUUACCAUGUGGAGGAUUCUCUCCUGAUACCACACAGUUAUUCUCAGGUGUUACAGCAUGCGUAUCUCAGCUUGGCAGUGCCGACACCUUAGUGGUGUGGGCAAUGAUUACUUUUGCUGGAGGGCAGUGUAGUCUUGAAUUAAAUAACUCCUGCACCCAUCUCAUUGUUGGAAAACCUGAAGGGGCUAAAUAUAACUGUGCUUUAGAGAAUGAAGAUCACAUAAACAUUGUGACUCCCGAUUGGGUACCUGAUUGCCUUAUUGAACGGAGUAAAAUUGAUGAAAUUGAAUAUCAUCCACGCCUUCUCAAGCAACCAAGGUCACAUUCAGGACAGACUUCCGAACCACAUAUUGUUAAGGAAAGAAAGGAAAGAAAGAAAAAAGAAAAAGAUGUCGCUCAACAGAAGGCUGAAGAAUUAAAAAUUAAGGAAGAGCCCAAGAGCAAGGAACCUGAAAAAAAAUUUUCCUUUGAUGCUUUAGAGUUUAGUGAUGAGGAAGAAGAAAAUAGUAAGAGUGGCUCAUUAUUAGAUCAGCUGAAGACCUCUCAGACAUGGAAACAACCUAUUACUAAACCAUCUGUGAUGACACGGGCCUCUGCUAGUUCCAGUGCAUCAAGCUCUAUCACUGUUGACAAGCCCAGGGCUCCUCCUACAGCACCUAUCUCGGCAACAAAUCCUCCACAAAUUGUAACGUCUCGUUCAGUCACACCUCAACCAAUCCAAGCCCCUAAAGGAAUCAUUCAGGGAGCAUCACAAAUAUUACAUCAAAGUGCUCAAAGUUUGCCUCAGGUUGGCAGUCAGGAAACAUCUCAAAUCGCUCAUCCUGUAUCAACAUUAGGUACUCCUAUAAGUACUAAAUCAACAACUGCUACACAGAAUACUCAACCUUUAGCUUCAGUUUCAAGCCAAAACCUUAUUCAAAACACACUCUCAGAGUCUACCAUGCUUCGUAAUUCAUCUCAUUUGCCAAAUCAGCCACCAUCAUCAUCAAUCCCAACCACAGUUACAGAAGUUUCAGCAGUAAUAUCUGCUCAGGUUAAUAAUUCUCGACCACAACAGCCCAUCCCAUCUCGUGUUACGCCUCCAAUGGCUCCUCGUGUUAUUCCUUCAAAUAUAUCCAGAGCUACUCAGCCCAAUGCCACCAGGGUUACACCUCCCAAUAAUUCUCGGACAACACCUCCUAAUACAGCUCGAUCAACUCCCCCAAACACAUCUCGUGCAACGCCACCCAUUGUUUCACGAGCAGCCACACCAAUUUCAUCCCGGGCAACUCCUCCUACACCUUCACGGGCAACUCCUCCAGCAAAUUCUCGUGCAACACCUCCAAUAACAUCCAGGACAACUCCACCGAUUCCUUCACGUGCUACACCUCCGGCAAGUGCGCGUGUAACACCUCCAGUUCCCUCUCGCACAACUCCUCCGAAUGUUGUUGCACCAGGACCACGUAUCCCUACAAUGCCUCUCACUGUUAGUGGCCCUUCGGUUCGUGCUCCAGGAGCUGUAUCACAAAUUGCACCAGGCAGUAUACCAGCACCUAAUAUGCCCAACACUGUUCCACAGCAAGUUCAUACAGUUGCCAUUCCGGGAGCGGUUGUUCGUCUGCCACAGGGUGUGACACCCCAUCAGCUACAAAUGAUGACACCCAGUGAUCGACAAGCAUUCCUUCAAAAUCUUCAUCAGAAACAGCUUCAGGAGCAGCAAGCUAGAGGAAAGCCAAGAGCAGGAAAACCACCUGGCCCACAAUAUAAGCAAGGCGUACGAUAUGCUUCACCUACCAUGCAUGCUGCUACUACUCCGGGAACUCCACCCGCACCUGGCACACCAGUUUCAACGUGGCCAGGCCCAAGUCCAGGUGCCCCCGGUAUUCGACCCACUAUGACCACUGUUGGUCCUGGUACUGUUGCAGUAACAUACCCAACUAGUCAGCUACGACCACAAGCUCCAGGAACUCCUGGCCCCUCGCAUGGAACUGCAGGGGAUGUUGUACGGCCUAGUUGGCCUCCUCAAGGUCAGCAACAGUACCAAGGAGUUCAACCUGCUCCAGGUACCCGAGUGGUUGUUGGUCAAGCUGGUUGGCAGCCACAGCAGCAGCAACAGCAGCAAACAGGACUUAGACCACAAACUCCAGCUCCUCCUGGGCAGCAACCAGCACCACAAGGCUUACUACCACAGCAUAUGCAACAAUUUCAAUUACAGAUUCAACAGCUGUGUCAGCAAUUUCCUCACUUAACACACCAGGAAGCAUCACAGCUCAUUCAACGUAUUCCUUCACAUUUUAGGCAUAUUCAGCAGCUAGAUAAUGCCCAGCGCAGUGAUUAUUUGGCUCAGCUAGAUGCUAAAGAACGACAAGUUGUCACUUAUUUUAUAUUGAGAAAACAACAACAGCAACUAUUUCAGCGGCAACAACUUCUUCAGCAACAGCAGCAGCAGCAACAGCAGCAACAACAGCAACAGCAGCAGCAGCAACAGCAGCAGCAGCAGCAGCAGCAGCAGCAGCAGCAGCAGCAUCAACAUCAACAGCAAAAAGUGGGAACCCCACAGCAGUCACCUCAUGCAUGGCAGCAACAGCCCGUACAACAACCAAUUCAACAACAGCCUGUGCAAGGAGCACAAUACCCUCCAAUGUCUCCACAUGGAAGACCAAUGCCUGGGCGCCCACUACCCCAAGGAUAUCCUGGAUGUCAGCCAGCUGGAGUAGUAUCUCCUGGUCAGGGGUCUCCUCAUAUGGUGGCAAGUGGUCAGCUGACUCCUCAACAGCAACUCACCCCACAUGUCUCGCCGCUUGCAUCUCCUCAUGGCCACUCACCCAUCCAGCGUGUAGAUGGACCUCUCAUGGGCCAUGCAGCAGCCAUUCAAGGUUCUCCUGUUCCUCAGAACUUAGUCGGCCAGCAGAAUUUGGUUAAUCCCAAAACAAAGACAGCUCUUGCCAUUCAUCUUACUAAUAGAUUAGCUGGGGGAGUUCACCAAGGAGUAAUACCACCAGGUCCUCAGGUUGCUCCGGGACCAAUGGAGGUUCCUACACAUGUUCAAAAACCUGCAAUCCCUCAAGAAACUGUUCAAGGUCCAGGAGGGGAACCAGUAAUGCUUUAUCAGCGCCGUGCAUUGGGAAAUAUUACAGGCUCUGUGACUAAUAAUCUUGUACGGCCUCCUGUGCAAGGAGCUUCUGCUGGGGUUGUGACUGGUCAUGGCUAUCCUCGGCCAGCUGCACCCACUCAUCCAUCUGCACCAACACCAGUCAUGGCUCCAGCUGCACCACAUUACCCUCGACCACACCUGGUUGGUCAUGACACCAAUUUCAUGUUGCCGCGUGAAUUGUGCCUGGUUGGCUGCGUGUUUUAUAUUGCUGACUAUCAUGGGGAGGUCACACUGGAGACACUACACACAUGGAAGCGGGUCAUACAGCAGCAUGGGGGUGAAGUAAUGCCUCUCUAUGAAUCUGCUCGUGUUACUCACUUACUCUGCAAGCAUCAGAAAUCACCUGUGUUCAUGCAAGCUGUUCGUGAAAACAAACGGUGUAUAACUAUAUUCUGGCUUAAUGAUGUUCUUUUAAGAGGCAAGAUGGCUCCACCUUGGCAAGCUAUACAUCUUCCUACACCAUUUGGUAAUGACAACAAACCCUGCAAAGAUUUGAUUGUCAGCGUGAGUGGAUUUGAGAACGAAGAGAGAACCAUUAUCAAGUUGAUGUUGCAACUUGUUGGAGCUAAAUAUACUGGAUACUUCUCCAGGCAUAACAGUCUCCUUGUCUGCAAAAAAUUGGAAGGAGCCAAAGUAGCCAAAGCACGAGAGUGGAAACGCCCAGUUGUAAAUGGUGUUUGGCUGAGUGAGGUACUGUUGGGUCAGAACACUCCUCCGCUGGUCUACCACGGCACUCGCUAUCAACAUUAUUUGGACGACCCUCUGCGAAUAGAUCCCUCCUUAGCGUCCCAUCUUUUCAAUGCUUGGAAGUAUCCAAUAAGUGUGUCAAAGGAAUCUGUUGAAAAAGCUAAGGCUGUAAGAGAAAUGGCAUUGAGAAAGAGAAAAACAGAAGCAGAUGGUGAUCAGGAAAACAAGCGUUCUCGUUUAGACCCACCUCCUGCUCCUCAUCUUAGUGCUUCACUUACACCUUCACCUCAGCAACCACCUACUUCAAUGCAGCUUCAAACUCCUCCCAGUGGCCUCUCGCAAGGAACCAUCAGCUUAAGUGGUGUUCGAGGAAACCUCAUGCUUAUCAACAAAGAAUUACCAGCAGAACAGCACAGACCACGCAUUCUUCUGUCUUGUGUGAAGAAUAAAGAUGAUGUAGAAAGGAAAAUUCUUGAACUAGGAGGAUACCUUGCCAGGUCCAGUGUUGAAGCAACUCAUCUCGUCAUGGGCUCGUCUACAGCUCAACGCACCGUCAAGUUUAUGUGUGCAAUCUCUUCGUGCAAUUAUGUACUGUCUUUGCAGUGGAUAAUAGACUCCCAUGCUGAAGCCAAAUUUUUAUUGGAAGAUAAUUACUUUAUGGAUAUGCCAGAAUAUGAGCGCGUGUUCAGAUUCAGCCUGAGGGAGACGUUACUCAAGUUUAAUAGGAGACAGCUUUUCACAGGUAAAAUUUUUUACCUGACACCUUCUGUAGUUCCUGGACGGACUUGGCUACGUGAAAUUAUAGAAUGUGCUGGUGGUACGGUAGAAAACAAGCGACGCACUUUAAAUGAUAUUAAGGAGAAAAACAAAGAUGGAGUAAACAAAUAUUUAACUAUUGCUGCACAGUCUGAUGUACAUUUAGUUAAAGACCUCCUUCAAGAAAACUUGCCUGUUUAUAAUGCUGAGUUUGUUCUGGGCUCUAUCUUGAAACAGGAGAUUGAUCUUCAGAUGGCUAUAUAUGUUGAUGAAGAGUAAUUAUGUGUAUUGUAAGAGAUUAAAUUAGUAUUGGAGUUAACUUUCAAUUACAAUCAAAUGAAAAGAGUUUCAGAAUAUUGUGAUGACAUUUUAUCUUAAUUAUUUUAAACUAAAAGAAAAAGUUGUAACAAGUGUGGGUAAUGAUGCCUGUAGUAACCCUAAAACUGCCAAUAAUGUUUAUAAGCAUUUUGUGCUUGAAACACAAAGGUAAUGGUAAUUAGUAAAAGUAAGUUCUGCUUAUGAAUUCUUGAACCAGCAAGAGCAGAUUGUCUGCAGUUAUAAUAACGUCAAAACAAGUACAUACAGAAAGACACUAAUUUUAUUUAUGCAUGUAAAGAGUAAUUUAAUUCAGUAGUCUAUGGGUUAAUACUAACCAUUAUAGCUAAAAGAUGAAAUUCAUACAUUGUUAUACUUUCAGUGAAUACUGUAUAUAUAUUUCUUCAUUCUGUAAUUUGUUAAUGUGGUAAUUACUUAAGUGUAGUUACAUGAUGAGAGCUACACUCGUGGUGUCCCUCACGAGCUGCACCUCAUGUCUGCGCAGCUCUCCCCUCCUCGGGAGGGGGAAGGGGGAGCCCCAGACCCCUGCGUUGGCGACCCAACCUUCAGUUCCUCAGCUUGGUCGUUGUGGCUCCAGCUCCAGAUUCUUAUUGUGCUGUGCCUGGGAUCAGUACUUCUUUUAGGUGGUGUGCGAGCUGGGAGUAAUAUUCACAGGUACUCGGGCUGCAUGUUCUUAGGGUCUCUCAGGUCGUCCACAGGGUUAUUAAAUCUAUUAAAUCUUAUUAAAUAUUUGGAAGUAAUGCAAACAUCAGCUGUGUUUUAUUGUUUAAUAUUGUAUUUUUUCAGUCUUUUGUCACUGUUCUCUGAGUUACUGUAUUAUGUAUCAAAGCCUUCCGUGUUUUAAUUUAAUUUGUGUACCUAUAUUCCUCUAAUGGAUUAAUUUUUAUGCUUCCAGAAUUUGUUUUGAAAACUUCAAGCAUAAAUAUAGAAAUAUGUUAUUAUAAGUUGCACAUUCUUAUAUUUAUAUAAACCCCGGUUUUAUUAUUUUAAGUUAUUGUCUUCAAAUACAAUAACUUGAUUUUGGUGUCCCCUUCUCUCACAUACAAGCAACAAACAUUCAGAAUCUUUUUCCCAGAUAAAUCAACCUUCAUCAUAAUUAUGGAACUCAUUUAUAUGCUCUAUAAAAAGUUAAUUAGUUGAUUAGGAAUACUGUAAUUAGGAGCAUACAAGCAAACUCAGAUCUAGUUGUAUUUAUAAAAUGAACUA